AUGUCUAGCGAAAAUGAUACAAAAGAUAUGAAAAAUGGAAAUGAUCAAUUUGAAAAUGUGUGUAGAACAUGUUUGUACAAUAGCACGGAAAAUAAUAAUCUAGCAAUGAUGAAUUUGAUUAAUUAUUAUGAUACAAAUAAAAAUAUUAAAUUAUCAGAUAUGCUAUUCGAGUGCACUUCUAUACAAAUAUCCGAUAACGAUCAAUUACCAAAAUUAAUAUGUCAAAAAUGCGUUGAUCAAAUAAAUACAAAAGAUAAUAUUGAUGAUGAUCUAGAUUUUGAUACCGAAAAUGUUCAUGAUAACAAUGAUAGUGAUUAUGAAAACACAUCAUCAAUGGCAAGUAAUACUAAAAAACGAUGUAGUAAACGUAUUAAAACGCGAAAUCUAACAAAAAUAAAAAGCGAAAAUGAUAAUAAAACAUCAGAAACCAAAUGGUUUACAAAAACUUUAAAUGAAAAUGAUGAUGAAAAUCGUGCAUUAGCUGAAGAAAAUAUUGAAAAAAUCAAUAUAAAUAAUAUGAAACGUUAUAAAUGUAAGAUAUGUGGUAUUGAAAAACCAAAUAUAACGAAUAUGAUCAAUCAUAUUUAUUUUCAUAUGAAUAUUAGACGAUUUCAAUGUCAUUUAUGUGAUAAGUUUUUUGUAACUAGAGGUAAUAUGAAUCGACAUAUAAUAGAUGUACAUGAUAAUAAUGAUGAUAAUAAUACUACAAUUAUUAAUAAUAAAUCAACAACUAAAAUAUUAAAUAAUAAACAAGAACCACGAACAUGUUCGUUGUGUAAUGAUCAGAAGUAUUAUCAAACAUUAGUUGAAUAUCAAAGGCAUAUGUGUGAUGUACAUAAUGAAAAAAUGCGUAAAGGAUAUAAUCCAGUUGUAUGCCAUAUAUGCAAUAAACAAGUAUACAAUAAUAACGCAUUACGUAAACAUUUAAAGGGUAUACAUUUAACAAAAUCAUAUAAAUGUGAUUUAUGUACAAUGUCUUAUCAUUCAGAAAAGAGUUUAUUGGGACAUCGACGUGUACAUGGUAUUAAAAGUGGUUAUCAUUGUAAAUAUUGUAUACAAACGUAUAAUACUGAAAUGGAAUUAAAUGAUCAUAUCAAUAAUGAACAUCAAAACGCACAAGCAUAUAAAUGUAAUAAAUGUGAUAAAGAAUUUUAUAUACAUGAAUAUUUAUUGAAACAUAUUAAGAAUCAUGAAGCUAAACCAAAACAUUUAUGUACGAUAUGUGGUAAAACAUUUUUAUUAAAAUCGAAUUUAACAACACAUCAACGUAUACAUACUGGCGAAAAGCCGUAUAAAUGUUCAAUAUGUUCGACAUCAUUUGGACAACAUGCAGCGUUACGAUUUCAUCAAGCUGUGCAUACCGAUGAAAGGAAAUUUGAGUGUACAAUAUGUAAUACUAAAUGGAAACGUAAAAUUGAUUUAACACAACAUAUGCGUAUACAUACAGAUGUGCCACAUUUCAAAUGUAAUUUUUGUGGCAAAGAAUUUAUAUUUCGUAAACGUUUAACAUGCCAUUUAAAAAUACAUACAGGUGAAAAACCAUAUGAAUGUACAACAUGUGGUAAAACUUUUAAUCGUGCCAGUCAUUUAAAAGUGCAUAAUCGUAUCCAUACUGGUGAGCGUCCUUUUGUUUGUUCAGUGUGUGGACGUGGUUUUAUACAAAAUCAUUGUUUAAUAACACACAUGAAUACACAUCAUAAACAACAAUCAGAACAACAACAAUAA